AUUUGAGAGCUCAGAGGGACGACAGGGUCUCUUUUGCAGGAGAGACUUUGAAGGGGAAAGGGAGAAGAUCUGGGGAUGUCCAUGGUCUCUUACCAUGCAAGACCUGAAGAAGAAUUAAAGCUACCUGAAUACAGGUUAGAAGAACGAGGGGAGAAAUUGAAUGCGCAGGCGCUGAACUUUAUGUAGUAAAGAGUGUCACCAUCUGUAACACAAGCUGUAAUGCCCACUCUCACCAGUGCCACUUUGUCAGGAACUGCCUCCUCUUCAUAAUCUCUCCCUGUGCAGAGAAUAGCAAGAAACAGGUGAAGUGCUUGGGUUCCCAUCUUGCAUUCCCCGCACAUAACACAUAUUCAUCAGACCAGGACAUCUGCUGGGACACAACUCUGCCACUGGCUGCUCUUUGCAGGGAAGACAACACUGAACGAGGAGGUAAUUGCAGGUUUAAUUAUCAUCCCCUCAAGCAUCAGUUUUAACAAAGAAGUGACCAUGCACCGUGCCCAUGGGAGGAAGAACCUAGCCCGAAAUGAAGAAGAAGCCCCUAUCUCACCAACUCAAAAAUUUAGGUCUCCACCAAGCCCAGGUAUUCCCCCAAAACAUCCCAAGUUAAUGGCUGAAGCUGGGCAGCCCUCUCCCCCUCAGUUUGUCCGGAAGCUGAAAAAUGCUGCUAUAGGCACAGGCUGUGACAUUUGCCUAAAGGUGGCAGUGGCAGGGCACCCACUGCCAACCCUAAACUGGUACAAGAACCAGGAACCCAUCCAACCUGGAGGAGAGGAAUAUGGGACUCUAUGCAUCAGGGACAGCCAGGUGGAAGACGCUGGAGUGUACACGUGUGUGGCCCAGAAUCCCCUGGGGGAGGCUAUUACCUCUGCUGUGCUGGCAAUCAUUGAAUUAGAAGACUCUGAACCAGGGGAAGAAGAUGCCGGGGGCCCCCAAUUACAACGCACGAUUCGGGCACCCAACAAUACACCUCUGGGUACCCCUUCAGGGGAUUCAGAUACACUGCUGGCUAGAUCCUUGCACACCACUCCCAGCACGCUGACUGCACUCUCACAAACAGAUGAGCUCUCUGAUUGGUCAGGCAGCCAACAGACGGUAUUAGAAAGGGACACGAGGAAUGCAAGGCAAGGCUUCACUCAGGGUGGAGGGGCUCGCCACCUAGGGGUGGAGCCCCUCAUUCCAGCUUCCAGCAACGAGUUCCCAGGCAGUGUCUGGGGUUCAGAGGUCAGCCUUUCUGGGUUCAGUGAUCUGUAUAGCAGCGCCUUCAGCCUGUACCGAGGCAGAUCUUGUGCCAUCCGGGUCUUCUUACCAGAAGGGGGUCUGCGGAGAGGUAGCAUCAAUGGGUCUGUAACAGACUCCCCACGAAACUUUGUGAAUCCUAGGCCCCCUAUCAUAACACCACCCUCUCCACGCAUUGGCCAGCGUCCAGCUAUCAUUCCUGCAGGCCGUGGACCCUCUACCCCUGUUACACCUAGAAAGAAAACAACAAUGCCCAACCAGUACCAGGACACAGUGACUGAGGAGGUAGAAGAGAAGAUUAGGAGGCCAAAGUCCUCUGUUGGCUCUCAGGCCAGUGGUCAAGAUUCUCGUCCUGUAACUCCACUAAGUGAAACAUCAGGGCGGGUGUCUAUCCUUAGGGCAUCCCCAAAACUUGUCCGCUCAGGCUCUAAAAUCUUUGAAAAGCUUAGGUGUCUUGAAGAGAGAAGAAAAAGUCUGGACCAGACUGACAGUCCCUUUUCAGUGACCUCAUGGUUGCCUCUCCGUAAGGCACGAUCCUUUGAUCAGCCUGGGGCUGAGGGGCUUGGUGCUGGUCUAGGUUCCUCAAAUGAAGAACUAAGGGAUGAUUUAAGAGACGGUGUAAGAUCAGAAAUAGGUGGGUUUACUUUAAGGUACCCAUCUCUGAGACAUAAGACUACCUCACUGGAUGACAGGGGAGCUCUCUAUGGACGAAUUAGUGACAUUGAGACCCGCUUCUCACAAGAGCUGACUCGUAUCAAAAGAACUGUGUCCCAGCAACAGCUAGUUCGUUCAUCACAGGAUCUAUCUCGAAGAUCACCAUCACCCCAAAGAUCCCUAGCUGCCCAGCCUGCUCCUGUGGACCCUAAGCUUACCAAAGUGUCAACAACUCCAAAGCCUUCUGAAACAGAAGAAAAGCAGCCAGCAAGGAAACCACUAGUCAGAAGCUUUGCCACCGUCAACCAAAUAUCAGAAAUUAAAGAACCUCUGGGUUUUACAAGCCAACCCCCUACACCACCAGAGAAAUCACCAAAUGGUUCUGCAGUUUAUCAGGACAGGUUGAGGCACUCAGAAACAAAUCUGAAACCACAAUCACACCUUACAGGAAAAAUCAUUGCACCAAAAACUGUUCCCCCUCAAAUAUUUAAAGCUAUGACUCUCCCCGCACAAUCCCAAAAAGAGAUAGUCAGUGACACGCAGCUGAAGAGAGUUCCUGAUGUUAGAAGUGUGCCUCCACCACCCAGCACACAUACUCCAGCAGCCCCAGAGAUAGCUCAGAGAGGAGUUGUUAAAGAAAAGGAAUCUGUAAGUGAAGAGAAGAAGUAUCUACCCUGGGCUCUCCCUGUAGUAGAUAAUAACAGCCAAACACCACAGGGUAAGGGUGGGGGACAGGCCAAAAAGCACAGUGAUACACACACCAGCAGCAAAAGCAACAAAAGCAGCAGAAGCAAAGGAAAGAGUCGUCGAAGCAGGCCUUUGUCACCAGAAGAGUCAUCAGAUGAUUCAUAUGUAUCAGCGGGAGAGGAUCCUGUAGAGGCUCCAGUGUUUGAGAUUCCGCUACAAAGUGCACUAGUAAAUGCUGGCACCGAAGUGUUACUAAAAUGCAUUAUAUCUGGAAACCCAACUCCAGAAGUGUUUUGGAGGAAGGAUAACACUUUGCUGAAAAACAGUCCGACCCAUCAAAUCCGAGCAGAGGGUGAGAGACACACAUUGUCACUGCGCUGGGCACUGCCCUCAGACUCUGGUAUUUAUACAGUGACUGCACGGAAUGAAGUUGGGGAAGCCAGCAGCUGUGGGGCCCUCACAGUAAAACCAGCACCUACCAAAGAGUCGCCUGCACAUCGGGGGACACCUCGUGAUCUGCUGAGCCCCAUAACAUCGGAUGAAGAGUAUCUCAGCCCCCAGGAAGAUCUAAGUGAGCCUACUACACCCCAGCAUAAGAUGGCUGGAAAAGGACCCGCAUUCAAAGCUCCUCCCACUUUCAAGGUGACUCUUUUGGACCAGAGAGGGUUUGAAGGUCAAGAAAUUGUUCUCAGUGUUCAGGUGGAAGGUGAACCCAAACCUAUUAUCAACUGGUUGAAGAACAAGCAGCAGGUGAGGACUGGUGGAAGGUAUCGCAUAUCAGAAGGUGCUUGGGGGAUGGUCUCACUACACAUUGCAGGGGCUGAGAAACGAGAUUCUGGAUUCUACACCUGCAAAGCAAUAAAUGAGUAUGGGACAAAGCAAUGUGAAGCCAAGAUAGAGGUUCUAGCGCCCACGGGCAGUACCAGCUUGGAGGUUCUGACCCCCUUGCAGGAUGUGAGUGUGUGCGCUGGGGAGGCAGCAGUAUUUGAAUGCAUGGUGUCGGGCCCCGCUGAUAUGGACGUGGAUUGGAUGGUCCGUGGAAAGUUGCUCCAGCCGGCACUGCUAGACUGUAAGAUGCGUUUCAACGGAAAGCAGUGUGUGCUGCUCCUAAAUUCAGUCCAUGAAGAUGACAGUGGAGUCUACACCUGCAAACUAAGCACUGCAAGAGAUGAGUUGACAUGCAGUGCUAUGCUAACUGUGCACCCAUCGCUGGCUCCUCUCUUCACUCGCAAGUUGUCAGAUCGAGAUGUCAUAGAGGGACGCACAGCGCGCCUCGAUUGUAAAAUCAGUGGCACCCCGCCCCCUGUUGUCACAUGGACUCAUUUUGGACAGCCAAUAGAAGAGAGUGAGAACAUCUAUAUUGUUCGAGAGGGCGGACAUCACACCCUACUGAUACCACAUGUGGCAAAUGAGGAUGAGGGUCAAUACACAGCGACUGCCCAUAACCAUCAUGGAGAGGCCGAGUGCUCUGCAGAACUCUACGUGGAGGAACCUCGUUCUGCUACAGCAUCUCACAUCUCCAAGCUGGAGAAGAUGCCAUCCAUUCCAGAGGAACCAGAGAUGCAGGAGUGUGAGGUAGAGGGUGUGAUGAUGCCAGAUUUCCUGAGGCCUCUGCAGGACAUUGAUGUGGUAGAAUUUCGGGAGGUGCAACUUGAGUGUCAGGUAACCGGGCUGCCGUACCCUGCCAUCACCUGGUAUCACAAUGGUCAGAAAAUCCAGAGCUCUGAUGAUCGCAGAAUGACUCAAUAUAAAGACAUCCACCGCCUGGUUUUCCCAUCUGUUAAUCAUUCUCAUGCUGGAGUGUACAAAAGUGUCAUCUCAAACAAAGUUGGGAAAGCAGCAUGUUAUGCUCACCUAUAUGUCACUGAUUUGGUACCCACUCCUCCUGAUGGUCCUCCCAUCAUUACCUCUGUAACUGGGAGAAUUGUAAAUCUUAGAUGGAAGCCACCAAAAAGAUUGGAUCCAGCCAUAGAUCUGGCUCAGAUUACAUACUCAAUACAGCAGCAGGCAGUGGGGUCUCCCCAAUGGACAGUCAUCGCCACCAACCUAAAGGACACUUCUUAUUGUGUAAAAGCUCUGACCAAGGAACAUCAGUACCUUUUCCGUGUGACCACAAACACCCCAACUUCUCACAGUAAACCUUCUCCUCCUAGUGAUACUGUUUGUCUCCUGGAUAGAGGUCCCUACCUGGAGGAGAUGCCUUCUAUACUGGAUCGUCCCGAAAUCUUGUAUAUGGUGGAAAAUCAGCCUCUCUGCAUAACCGUGACACUGAACCACGUGCAUGCCAGAAUCAUUUGGCAAAGAAUAGACACUGUUCUAAACAAUGUUGAGGGUGUGUAUGAGCUGAGCAUGCCAGAUGACGACCAGCACUCACUCACAUUCUUCAGCCCAAGGAAGUCUGACUUAGGACAGCUGACAUUUGUGGCUACAAACCGCUAUGGAUCAGAUAGCUCUACCAUUUCUAUUGAGCUAGCAGAGGCUCCCCGCUUUGAAUCUAUCAUGGAAGACAUAGAGAUCGGUGUUGGUGAAACAGCUCGCUUUGUGGUAGUUGUUGAAGGGAAGCCUAUUCCAGACAUCAUGUGGUACAAAGAUGGAGUACUUUUGGCAGAGAGUGGUCACUUCAGCUUUGUAUAUGAUGAUACCGAGUGCUCUCUGGUGAUCUUAAACACGGCACCUGGUGACUCUGGAGUGUAUACCUGCACAGCACGUAACCUUUCAGGGGAAAUUUCCUGCAAGGCAGAGCUGCAAGUGUGCCCAGAUGAAUCAAGGGCAGGAUCUGCAAUGCAGGAAAUAGAUAUACUAAAAGCUCGUAGACUGGUUGAUUUCUACAACAUCCACAAAGAAAUUGGCAGAGGGGCCUUUUCCUAUGUUCGGCACGUGAUAGAAAAGAGCAGCGGGCGAGAUUUUUCUGCCAAAUUCAUGCCAUUCCGCGGGGCAACAAGGGAGAGUGCACGGAGGGAGCGGGACAUACUGUCGAAGCUCAGACACGAAAGGAUUGUCUACUUCUAUGAUGCAUUUGAGAAAAGAAAUGCUCUAGUCAUUGUCAUGGAACUCUGUUCUCAAGAGGAGCUUCUAGAAAGAUUGACCAGAAAACUUACAGUGAGUGAAUCAGAGAUUCGCUCAUUUAUACGCCAAAUCCUAGAUGGAUUAGAUUAUUUGCACCAUAAAAACAUUCUGCAUCUGGACAUAAAGCCAGAGAACAUACUGAUGGCCGAUACAACUAGUGAACAGAUUCGAAUUUGUGACUUUGGGAAUGCACAGGAACUCACCCCGGGGGAUCCUCAGUACUGCAAAUAUGGAACCCCAGAAUUUGUGGCACCCGAAAUUGUAAACCAGAUGCCAAUUUCUACAGUAACUGAUAUAUGGCCGGUUGGAGUCCUGGCAUAUUUAUGCCUUACAGGAGUGUCUCCCUUUGUUGGGGAGAAUGACUACACCACUUUGAUGAAUAUCCGGGGUUACACUGUGGCCUUUGAAGAGAAGAUGUUUGUUGGUCUUACACGAGAAGCUCGUGGUUUCCUAAUCAAAGUCUUGGGCAAUGAGAAUCUGCGGCCCAAUGCUGAAGAGAGUUUGGAGCACCCAUGGUUCAAAACUUUAGCAAAAGGGAGAAGUAUCAGCACAGACCAUCUGAAGCUCUUCCAGUCUCGCCGCAAAUGGCAGCGCUCACUUAUCAGUUAUAAGUCCAAAAUGGUGAUGAGAACCAUUCCAGAGCUGCUUCAAGAUAAAAGCAAUCACAUGUCCAUUGCUAUACCGAAAAAUUCCAAGGAGUCAUCUGGGUUGUCAUCCUCUUCUGAUUCUGAUGACCUGGAAGAGCUUCCCUUUGUCCCUAUGCCUCUCCAGGUCCAGUUCUCUGGAUCACGUAUGUCCUUGAAUGAGAUCCCAACAGAUGAGGAACAGCCAUCUCAGCCCCAGGACAAUGACAGUUGUAGAGAAGAUGAAGAAGAAGGAAGUCAGGCUAUGGAAAUUAGCAGCACAUUUAAAGAUCAAGGAGUUCCACACAAAGAAGCAACAGUCCAAGCAAGUCCAUUGUCCAAGCAUGCCAAGGGAUCCCUUACCAGGAAUAGGUCUGAUGAAGCUGAAGUUGGUUCUUCCUCUGAUGAGGAAAUUUCUGAAACUAAAAAAAGACAGGAGCAUCCACGGAGACCUCUGAAGAAAGGAUCCAGCUUGGAAUCUUCUGAUGUUCCUGAUGGUGAACUAAUAACAGCUCGUAGAGGGGAGCUGAGGAGGGGAAGCUCUGCAGAUAGUGCUCUUUUGCUCAAUUUAUCCACAACAGAUGGAGAUGAAGAGAGAAAUCGACCAGAUAAGGGAAUGAUAAAAGCUGCCUCAAUGGAGCUACCAACCCGAAGCAGGAGCCCAGGUAGAUUAGACGAUCGAGGCACACUACGAAAAAGGUUUGGAUCAGCUGAUGAAGAAUAUGCUCAGCGGUUAGAAAUGAUGAGGCAGAGACUGUUGAGAGGAGGUUCAGCAGAUGGAAAACUCAGUGGUCUUAGAGGCCCACUCAUAGAAACACUUUCUGUAGACAAAAAGCGUUCCCCCAGGAGUGAUAAAUCUUCUCUAAGCCCUAUUCCUGCCAUCAAACUAACUCGAGCUGCUUCCAGUGAGGCUGCUCCUGGUAGAGAAACAACAGAAGAAAGAGUCUUGAGGAAAACCAGUUCCUUUUCUCACAGUGACACAGAGCCACUGGUUAUGCAUCGCAGAUCAGGGGCACCCCUGGAAAUACCUCUUGCCCAGUUGGAGGCACAGCGUCUUAAAGAGUCUCCUUCUCUUUCAGCAUUGACAGACCAGUCACGUUUAGAAUCUCGUCCUGAAACACCACGUGAGAUGAUUCCCAAAUCUCUAACCCCAGAAGCACAGCAAUCAAAGGUGGAAAAUGGGGAGUCCCAAACUCAGAGUGAUAAAGAGGCUGGGAAAGGCACCACACCUCUUCAUACGGAGAAAGCAUCAAAUUCCUUAAAAGACUUGGUAAUUGUUCUUCCAAGAGUGACUCCACCAUUGGAUGAAAUGGCAUCUAAAACAGAGUUACCAAGUAUUCAAACAGAUAAGACACAUGGAAAAACACCUAGUGAUAUGAACUUGCCAGCUACUAUUUCAUCAAUUGAAACAGUGCCAACAAAGCCACCACCCUUACCUUUGCCUUCUAAGCAUUCUCUAACUGUGCCAACUGAACCUUUACCAUCUCCAGCACUGGCAAAUGAUAUGCCUAAAUCGAAAGAGGGGUACUCUUCACCAAUGGCUAUUAAGGACAAAGAAUCCAUAUCAAACAUUGAAACAACAGACCUGCAAGAUAAAAAUAAAGAACAUUUGUUACCACAAGCUGCUGUUCCAUUACCAUUGACUGUGCCAGUCUCUGAAGUGCUAAAGCCUUCGACUGCACAAGUACAGAUUGCAGAUGCAGUGCCUAAAAAAGAUGUAUCAAUUCCACAUCUAUCAGUUAAAGAAAAAACAUCUUCUCCAGCUAUCCAGCCAGUAAAUAAGACAACAACUAUACAGUCACCUUAUGCUGCUAUGAUUCAAACUCUUCAAACGCCUCAGGAACAAGAAACAGCUAGUAUUCCCGAAGAAAUUUCAAAGACCCCAUUAAAAGCUCAACUAGUAUUUCAGGAAAUUCCGUUAUCCUCUAAGGAGAAUCAGUCUUCUGCAAAGGCUCAAAUAAUAUCACAAGUGUCGAAGAAAGAAGGCAAGGAAGAGCCAUCAGAAGCACCAAAGUUAAUUAACACCACCAGAUCUUCCAGCACAGAGAAUGUUCCAUUUAUCAGCAACAUUGAUUCAGAAGAAAUCUUUGAAGCUAAGUUCAAGAGGAACCGUGAAAAUUCUCUUACCCGAGGUUUGAAAAAGCUUACCAGAACCUGGUCAGAGGAAAAGAAUUUAGCUGCAGCCCAUGCAUCCCGGGAAGAAGAAAUGUACAGGCCAAGCCCUGUAGGUGUCCCAUUAGAGUUCCUUGUUCCUGCAGCUCUUGGACUGCAUGAAAGAUCAAGAUCAGUGCAAGAUCUGCCAGAUGCUGAGAGGGAUUCAAGUUUUAUGAGAAAGCUUUCUUUGAAAUUUAAGAGAACUCCGCCAACUGAAAGGAAGCAAAAACCAGCAGAAGAAGUAGAAGGUACUGGUAGACGACUAUCGUGGUCAAUAGGUAGAGGAAGUUCCAAAGACAAGAAGGACACAGAGAGCCUAAACUCUGAAACAGGCUCAAUAGAAACCAUCACAGAUAAACAUCUAAAGGACCAGAAAAAGAGUAGUCAAUCACCAGUGUUGGCCAUGAGAAAGAAAAUAGGCAAUACCAUGGAUCGACUUUCUUUGAAACUAAGGAGCCAAUCAGAUGACAGAAGGGAUGAAGAGAGAACAGAGAAGAAAGAAGGACGUACAGACAAAAGCUCUCCAUUAAUGUCUUUACUCAGGAGAUCCAACUCAGAAGGAGAGAACUUAAGGAAACUAGGAAUACCCCAAAACCAACUUGCUUCCCAGGUUUCAGCUCCAUCGACAGAGUCUAUUGAAUCUGGUCUCAGCAUCAAGUCUGAAAUGGUAGUCAAGGAUGAUAGGCGCUCAAGAUGGGAUCGUUGGGGCCUGUCACGCAGCAAAAAGGAGAAGAUGACAUCACAGCCAAGUAUCCCCGCUAGUAUGAUGAAUGAGGCGGGCAGUAUAGUUGGCCGACAAUACAUUCGCCAUGAAUCAGACUUCCCCCCAGUCUUCCAUAUCAAGUUAAAGGACAUUGUGGUGCUAGAAGGAGAGCCGGUGACACUGUCCUGCUUACCUGCUGGCAGCCCUUCCCCCCGUAUCCUGUGGAAGAAAGAUAAGAUGUUCUUGGAAGGAGCAGAAAAGAUGCAUAUAAAAUCCUGCCCUGAUGGCAGACAGCAGCUCAUCAUACCUGUGGCUGGGCAGAGAGAAGCUGGUCUGUAUGAAUGUGUGGCAGCAAAUGCCCUGGGUUCUGUAGCUAGCUCCUGCACAGUGUCUGUGGCAAGAAUACCUGAUCCUCCUGGGACCCCAGAGGUCCCUCAGAAGUAUAAAAACACAGUACUGGUUCUAUGGAAGGCCCAUGAGCACAGCUCUCCUUGCACCUACAUCCUGGAGAGACAAAUAAAUGGUGAAGGAGAGUGGAAAGUAAUAAGUUCUGGAAUCACAGACUGUUACUGCAAUGUGACUGAGCUCCAGCCAGGCAAUGUCAGCUUCCGCGUCGCUUGUGUCAACAAAGCGGGACAGGGACCCUACAGCAGUGUUUCCAAGACUAUUCUCAUAGAUGAUGAAGAUCAUAAACCAAUAACACCCUCAGUCCAGAGAGCAGGGCCAGUGGGCCCUGCAGUGUCCCCUACUGUUCCAAUGACUCUCCGGACCCCUACUAUCCCAACUGUUUCUCCCCCUGUUGUCUCUACCCCAAAAUUACCUCCAUCUUGCGGAUCUGCUCUUGCAGUUUCCUCAUCUGUUAUUACUACAACUGCAACCAUUUCUCCAGCUCAGCCUCUCCCUAAAGUACCUCCACCUGCAACUCCUCCACGGAAACACAGAGGAAUACUAUCCACUCCCCCAACCAUGCACAUGCCUGUCAUUGCCACUACGCUCAGAGCUGAUAUCACUCCCCAAAUUCUUCCCAUGAACAGGGUUCCAUCUACUGUGGCUCCUCCUGCCGUAUGUUCUCAUGUUUCCACAGUAACUGUGUCUAUGACAUCAGGUUCUUCAGUGUCUCAUUUAAGGGUCCCCUCCUCUACUACUUCGCAGCAAGUAAAACCUAUUCCAGAGCCAACAGCUAAACCAUUACAAGUGUCACAUGUACAAUCACCCAAAACUCAGUCUGUGCCAACAGAGAAAACCCAAAAAAUUGCUAUUGUCCCCACUGUUGCCCAGGUCAAAACACCUAUCCCAACUACUUCAAAAACUGAGGAACCAUCAAGUCUUACACAAAGUCUCUCUACUGAACCAAGGAUGCCAUCACAGUUAGCAGCUCCAAAACCAUCUGCCAAGUCCCCCUCUGUUCCAAUUAUGCUGCACAUUCCCCCUUUUAAAUCGGCAACCCUGCCCACUUCCAAAACAAUAUCUUUUCCUUCUCCUCAUACAAGCCCAGUAACCAAACCCUUAACACCUACAUCCCCAGCUUAUAUGGUCACUUCCUUUAUAUCAAUGCCGGUGCCUACACCUUCUACCCCUGCUGAGUCCACCACUCCAUCUACCCCACUUACACCCAACACCCCACCUACUCCUCUUACCUCCACCAGCCCACCUACCCCACUUACCCCCACCACCCCACCUACCCCACUUACCCCCACCACCCCACUUAUCCCACUUACCCCCACUGCCCAAACUGUCCCUACACGAGUGCUAGUGAAAAGUGUCACCCCUGGGAAGGACACACGAUAUACACCUGGAGGAAGAGUCACACCCUCAGGAAGAGAAAGCACCACCCUCCGACAAGGGGUACCCCAAAAACCAUACACUUUCUUGGAUGAGAAAGCAAGGGGGCGGUUUGGAGUGAUACGAGAGUGUAAGGAGAAUGCAACAGGUAAGCACUUUAUGGCAAAGAUCAUAUCGUAUGAACCAGAAAACAAGCAAAAUGUGCUGCAAGAGUAUGAGGUCCUCAAGGGUCUGCACCAUCAACGGAUCCUGAGUCUUCACGAAGCCUAUAUAACCCCUCGCUACCUUGUGCUGAUUUCUGAAAACUGCACAGGACGGGAACUGCUCUACUGCCUAGUUGAAAGGUUCCGUUAUUCUGAAGACGACGUCGUCAAUUACCUUCUGCAGAUCCUUCAGGGAUUGGAGUAUCUGCAUGAACAAAAGGUUUUGCACCUCGAUAUUAAACCCGAGAACGUCAUUGUCUCCUAUAUGAACACUGUCAAGAUCAUUGAUUUGGGAAGCGCCCAGAACUUUACUCCAUUGGUCCUGCGACCUCUUGGCAAACGCGCGGGAACUCUGGAAUAUAUGUCUCCUGAGAUGCUUAAAGGUGACGCAGUAGGUCCAGCAGCUGAUAUCUGGGGUGUGGGAGUGCUGACUUACCUCAUGCUGAGUGGACGAUCUCCAUUCUAUGAGCUGGACCCUGUAGAAACUGAGAACAGGAUUUUGUCAGGCCGAUUUGAUAUUUUUAAGUUGUAUUCGAACGCCUCCCAAAGUGCUUCCCUUUUCAUUCGCAAGAUCCUAACAAUAUAUCCUUGGAGCCGGCCAUCACUCAAGGAAUGUUUUUCAAAUCCUUGGCUCCAGGAUGCCUACCUAAUGAAGCUCAGACGUCAAACCCUUACUUUCACCACUAACAAACUCAAAGAGUUCCUCGUGGAGCAACAGAGGAGACGAGCAGACACAGCCACUAAGCACAAAGUUCUUCUUCGCUCAUACCAUGGAAGCCAGCCCUCAGCUCCUGUCACUCAGUGAUUAUUAAGAGCAGACUUUACAAAAAAUAAGUUGGCCAAGAAGCCAUAGGAGCAUUCCACUGGAUCAUGGAGGACCCUCAGGGGUCUCAGGGAAGGCGGACUGGUCAGAGAAGGAGAUACAAAUCAUACCCUGUCUAUAUACAGAAAGGGUCCCUUACAAUCUACUGGGACAAAGAAUCCCAGAGAAGCCUAAAAAAAAGAAUAUUAGGCCAAUAUACCUCAAUGACAGCAGCAGAGAAGUCUAACAAGACUGAGGGGGAGGAAACACUUGAAAAUGGGGUGCAUGAUGCAUGUGACAAACUCCCAACUGCCAGAGCUAAGAAAAGCUGGCAACUGCUUAAAAUUUAUUCACCUUUGAUCUCAGUCAGAUGUAACCUAAGGUUCCACUAUGGACUGCAGAGGUUUCUCUGAGCAACCAUGAUCUUGUUUUUUUUAUUAUAAACCCCCUGGUGUACACAAAAGCUAAUUUCCCAGAAACCUUCUGGCAUCCUGAAGGAAACACAGCAAGUGGUCUUAACAAAUUUUAGGUGGGCAAAGUUUAACUAAGGUGUUUUUCUUUUGUAUUUAAGCUAAUAAAACUUCCCUAGGUUGAUUAACACAUAAUGAAUGGUCAGGGCAGUCAUGUUACGUUUAGUUCUACUUGAGAAAUUAGCUCAGGAAUGGUUUCUUGAAGGCCAUGUCUUCCUACGGUAUAUGAAAUAAUGUCUCAUAUCAGCCAUGUUGUUCCUACCUGAAAUAUUGGCUCAGGAAUGGUUUCAUAACAGCCAUGUUCAUUCCUACCUGAGAUUAUUCCUACUGGCCUGGGUAUGGUCUCAUAAUAACUUUGAAUACUUAAUACAAAGUGUUGGCAUAUCAGCCUAAGCACCUUAUUUCUGAUCCUUUGGGGUCUAGAGGAAACCUGAGCUGUACCGAUGUCUCCUAUUGGCACUUUAAGGAUAAGAGGUACUAGAGAAGAACUUGAUUAUCUAAGCUCCAAAAAUAUUGUGUUUAAUAGUGGAUCUACAGAAUAACUAAGAUUUUAAGAUCCUGAAUGUUAUUGUAUGGAGCUUGUAACAAAAGGGAUGAGCUGAGCUUUGGAGUCAAGUUGUGCAUCAACUUGGAAUUCAGAGCUGCAAUUCUACUAAAUAGCAAAGGCUGACACAGCAAAUGGCACAAAUCGUGUCACACACAGUGACAGUAAAGGUAAAUACACAGUGGAGCUUAGGAGAGUGACUGUUGCUUUCCACUGUCUCCAGUGCUUUCUGUUUCUUUGCUUAAUUUGUGGCAUUUGAGAGUUAUGUGGCACCUGAGAAAGCAUGGCUUAUAUGGCACCUUUUGCAAUGCAGAGGUGAAACCGAAAUAAAGUACAUACGAUGAACAUGUAGAAAUAGACUGUGAAAUCCCAAGCUGCUCUCACCAGAUAAUGAGAUUAUUUCCUCUGUACACAGCAGUGACGAUCACAGUAAAGGGAGAGAAAGACUAAGUAGCAAAGAUGUAUUAUUGAGAAAGAGCAGAUGUAUGUUGGGGUGCUUUUAAGACAGCGUAAUAGACGAUGCUAUUCCAGCAGGGAAUAAUAUGGGUAAAGGUGUAUGGUAAUGGGAAAUAUUAUUGGCCAGCACAUUGUGUUGGGCACUGUUAUGCCAGGUACUAAGAGUUGAAACAAGAUGUACCCACUGGAGAGUAGGAGGCCCUGCAGAUCCAGGGGUGAAAGGGCUAAAUGAAUCAGCUCCGGAGGGGGGAUCAAACUUACUUGAAAGCUUCCCUCUCUGACUUUGUACAUUUGGUGGGGGGGUCUCUCCCCUAUGCUGCUCCUGAGUGGUUUAUUUAUUCUUUCAUUCUGUGUAGAUUUUCUUUUAUUUAUUCACUUUUGUGUUGCUUUCUUUGUGUAUGUCUCCCCCCCCCCUUUUAUUUUUGGUGUGGAAAAACCUACAAAUAAAAUUAAAAAAGACGCACGACCCCAUAAACAGAUCCAGAUUGUUCCUCUCUCUUUUCUUAAACUAACCUGGGUGUUUGCUACAACACAACAAUUCCCAUUGUAGAAAAUAUCAUGGCUCACAUAUACAGAACUAGCAAUUUGCAGUGUUACAGUUAUACUCAUGAGUAUAAUUCUUAUAUUUAAAAAAAAAACAAUAGUAUUUCUGUAUGGACUUUGGGUAUCACCAAGGGAUGUAACUGAGAGUGAAAUCACAUCAUGACUUGAAAAUAAAACUAUUUCAGAAAGAUUUUGUGGUACUGUAAAUGUAAGCAAUAAUUCUAAAUCAGGUGUAUGUAUGAUAUAUUAUUGUUUAGACUCUAAUUUAUUGCAGUAGAAUAAAGGGAUAGAACUUU